CGGUGGCUGAAGCAGGGAAGGGGCAGACAGAGCCAGGAGCCUGGGCAGCAGCAAGCAGGAUGGCAGCGCAGGCAGCAGCUGGAACCUGGGUGCUGGUCCUCAGUCUGUGGGGGGCAGCAGCCAUAGUAAGCAGUCGGAACGUCACAGCCCGGAUGGGGGAGCCGCUGGUGCUGAACUGUAAGGGGGCCCCUAAGAAACCACCCCAGGAGCUGGAGUGGAAACUGAACACAGGUCGCACAGAAGCGUGGAAAGUCCUCUCCCCCCAGGGUGCCCCCUGGGACAGUGUGGCUCAUAUCCUCCCCAACGGCUCCCUCCUCCUUCCGGCGGUUGGGAUCCAAGAUGAGGGGACCUUUCGGUGCCGGGCAACAAAUAGGCAUGGAAAGGAGACCAAGUCCAGCUACCGGGUCCGAGUCUACCAGAUUCCCGCCAAGCCAGAAAUCAUAGAUCCUGCCUCCGAACUCACAGCUGGUGUCCCCAAUAAGGUGGGGACGUGCGUGUCUGAGGGCAGCUACCCUGCAGGGACUCUUAGCUGGCACUUGGACGGGAAGCCCCUGACACCUGAUGGCAAAGGGGUGACUAUAAAGGAACAGAUGAGGAGACACCCGGAGACAGGGCUCUUCACUCUCCAAUCAGAGCUGGUGGUGACCCCGGCCAGGGGAGGGGCUGUGCGCCCCACCUUCUUCUGUAGCUUCAGCCCAGGCCUUCCCAGGCAAAAGGCCCUACACGCAACCCCCAUCCACCCCAGCGUGUGGGAGCCUGUCUCCCCUGAAAAUGUGCAGCUGGUGGUGGAGCCUGAAGGAGGAGCAGUAGCUCUUGGAGGGACGGUGACCCUGACCUGUGAAGCCCCCGCCCAGGCUGCUUCUGAAAUCCACUGGGUGAAGGACGGGGCGCCGCUGCCGCUGCCCGCCAGUGCUGUGCUGCUCCUUCCUGAGGUGGGGCCUCAAGACCAGGGGAGCUACAGCUGUGUGGCUACCAGUCCCAGCCAUGGGUCCCAGGAAAGCCCUGCUGUCAGGGUCCGCAUCACAGAAACAGAUGAGGUGGGGCAAAGCCCAGGCUCCAUGGAAGGAUCAGGGCUUAGAACCCUGGCCCUGGCCUUGGGCACCCUGGCAGCUCUGGGCAUAGUUGCCCUGCUCAUUGGUGUCGUCAUGUGGCAAAGGAGACGCCAAGGAAAGGAGAGGAAGGCCCCAGAGAGCCAGGAAGAGGAGGAGGAGCGUGCAGAGCUGAAUCAGUCAGAGGAGCCUGAGACAGCUGAGAGUGGCGCAGGAGGACCGUGAGGGUCUACACAGCCCAUCAGGCAGCUCCCUUGUCCCUGCCCUCCCGCUCCGGGCACUGACCCCAGAUCAGCCCUCCUGCUGGCUCUGCCCCACCUCCCUACACUUUCUUCCACAACCAGAGCCCUUUGUGAAUGGACCAUGCUGAGUAAACACCUGACACAUCUUGCCCAUGA